GGCUAAAGUCCAAAUAAAAUCACAUUGGAGACAAAAAUGGUGAUGAAGCUUUUCAUUUGUGAAGUCUUCUCUUAAUUUGUUGUGAUGGCAGAUAGUAAAGAAGCAGCACAAGUAGUAUCAAUUACCAUAUAUCCACUCAAAUCAUGCCGUGGUAUUUCAGUUCCUGAAGCAGCCCUUUCUUCUACUGGAUUUCGAUGGGAUCGGUCGUGGAUCGUUGUGAACUCCAAAGGUAGAGCAUGUACUCAAAGAGUAGAGCCAUCGCUUGCUCUGGUUGAGGUUGAACUGCCAAAUGAGGCAUUAUCAGAGGGCUGGGAACCAAAUCCAAGUUCAUUUUUAGUGAUAAGAGCUCCUGGAAUGGAUGUGCUUAAAGUCCCACUGGCUGAACCAUCCGAAGUAGCAAACGGUGUCUCCGUGUGGGAAUGGUCUGGCUCUGCUUUGGAUGAAGGAGAUGAAGCAUCAAACUGGUUCUCCAAAUAUCUAGGGAAACCUAGUCGUCUCGUACGUUUCAAUGAAGCAUCACAGUCUAGACCUACCGACCCUAAUUAUGCUUCUGGGUACAAAAUAAAAUUUAAUGAUGCGUAUCCCUUCCUCCUUAUAUCCCAGAAAUCACUGGAUGUAUUAAACGAGCAACUCAAGGAGCCUGUGUCAAUUAACCGCUUCAGACCAAAUAUCCUCAUUGACGGAUCCGGUCCAUUUUGUGAAGAUUUAUGGAAGGAUGUCAAAAUAGGUGAAAAUACAUUCCAUAGCACAGAAUUAUGCUAUCGCUGCAAGGUACCAACAAUUAAUCAAGAAACUGCAGAAGCAGGUUUGGAGCCAAGUGAAACGCUCAUGAAGUUCCGUUCAGAUAAAGUCCUAAAAACAAAUAAGAAACCGCAAGGACGAAUUUACUUUGGUCAGAUGUUAGUAUGGGAGGAUUCUGUUGCACAAGAGAAGAGAAAGACCAUCAAAGUGGGUGAUCCUAUCUAUGUCCUCAAGAUGGUUUCGUCCUAUGAUGAUGUAUCUGUGUGAGACUAUGUACGUGUGUACGUACUUUAUCCGUCAGCUACGAUCGUAUACAAUUGUAGUUAUUGGCAUUGAAUGUUGUAAAAACACAACUUAUGAGAUAAAGAACCAGAAAUUUGUAUGUCUAAUAAAUAAUUGUGUGGUUGCAUUUAUUCACUUUUUUUGAGUGCUA